AUGCCGGGCAAGCGUAAGGCGACCAAACCGCUCGUCAAUCCCCACAUCAAGCGAUGUCGUGCAGCGAACCGCAAGAAGUCUCCCAAGACGGUCGAUGUUUCCCAAGUAGGGGCGGGUUCGCAAGCGCCUAAUGCGAGCAGUCAAGCUGAAGCAGCUAAAGCGAACAAGGGCAACAGACUGUUGUCUCUACCAGCAGAACUACGAAAAAAUAUCUACCGAUGUGCUGUUGAAGAAUGGAAGGCAGAGUGGGGAUCGUACAAGCACGAUGAGCUCGCUCCACUGUCCGGAGAAAAUACGGAUGACGCACCUGAAAUGGCACCCCUCAACCUCUAUCCGCCUCUUCCAAAUGAAGCCGCACGCGCGCAGUUCCGCUGCAUGAAGGAGGACUGGAAUGCUCUUGGCCAAGUCUGCCACCUCCUACGCUCGGAAUAUCCUUCGCUGCGAAACACCCUCACUCAUGCUUACGUUUCGGUCCAAUUUCUCAGACGGUAUCUUGAAACAUUCCUCGACCGCUCAGAUGGAAGCAGCACGAUCGAACCCGUCCAUCACCCCGCCAAGAUUACGGUGUUUUUUGACAAGAAGCAAACACCUUUCAUGCGAUGUCUGGACGCUUGA